AUGACAGAGGUACUUUCAUCUCACCAUCAGAUGAAAGAGAAACUUUCAUCUCACCAUCUCCCCAUUCUCCCGCUUUCCAUCACCCCGCCCCAUUCUCCCUCCUUCCAUCACCCCGCCCCAUUCUCCCGCCUUCCAUCACCCCGCCCCAUUCUCCCGCUUUCCAUCACCCCGCCCAUUCUCUCUCCUUCCAUCACCCCGCCCCAUUCUCCCGCUUUCCAUCAACCCGCCCCAUUCUCCCGCUUUCCAUCACCCCGCCCCAUUCUCCCGCUUUCCAUCACCCCGCCCCAUUCUCCCACUUUCCAACACCCUGCCCCAUUCUCCCGCUUUCCAUCACCCGCCCAUUCUCCCGCUUUCCAUCACCCCGCCCCAUUCUCCCGCUUUCCAUCACCCCGCCCCAUUCUGCCGCUCUCCAUCACCCCGCUCCAUUCUCCCGCUCUCCAUCACCUUGCCCCAUUCUCCCGCUUUCCAUCAUCCCGCCCCAUUCUCCCGCUUUCCAUCAUCCCGCCCCAUUCUCCCUCCUUCCAUCACCCCGCCCCAUUCUCCCGCUUUCCAUCACCCCUCCCCUUUCUCCCGCUUUCCAUCUCCCCGCCCCAUUCUCCCGCUUUCCAUCACCCCGCCCCAUUCUCCCACUUUCCAUCACCCCGCCCCAUUCUUCCGCUUCCCAUCAUCCCGCCCCAUACCCCGCUUUCCAUCACCCCUCCCCAUUCUCCCUCCUUCCAUCACCCCGCCCCAUUCUCUCGCUUUCCAUCAACCCGCCCCAUUCUCCCGCUUUCCAUCACCCCCCCCCAUUCUCCCGCUUUCCAUCACCCCGCCCCAUUCUCCCGCUUUCCAUCACCCCGCCCCAUUCUCCCUCCUUCCAUCACCCGCCCCAUUCUCCCUCAUUCCAUCACCCCGCCCCAUUCUCCCGCUUCCAUCACCCCGCCCCAUUCUUCCGCUUCCCAUAACCCCACCCCAUUCUCCCGCUUUCCAUCACCCCGCCACAUUUUCCCACUUUCCAUCACCCCGCCCCCUUCUCUCUCCUUCAUCACCCCGCCCCAUUCUCCCUCCAUCCAUCACCCCGCCCCAUUCUCCCGCUUUCCAUCAGCCCGCCCCAUUCUCCCGCUUUCCAUCACCCCGCCCCUUUCUCCCGCUUUCCAUCUCCCCGCCCCAUUCUCCCGCUUUCCAUCACCCCCGCCCCAUUCUCCCGCUUUCCAUCACCCCGCCCCAUUCUUCCGCUUCCCAUCAUCCCGCCCCAUUCCACCGCUUUCCAUCACCACUCUCCCAUUUCUCCCUCCUUCCAUCACACCCCGCCCCAUUCUUCCGCUUUCCAUCACCCGCUCCAUUCUCCCGCUUUCCAUCACCUCGCCCCAUUCUCCCGCUUUCCAUCACCCCGCCCCAUUCUUCUACUUUCCAUCACCCCGCCCCAUUCUCCCGCUUUCCAUCACCCCGCCCCAUUCUCCCUCCUUCCAUCACCCCGCCCCAUUCUCCCUCCUUCCAUCACCCCGCCCCAUUCUCCCGCUUUCCAUCACCCCGCCCCAUUCUCCCUCCUUCUAUCACCCCGCCCCAUUCCCCCGCUUUCCAUCACCCCUCCCCAUUCUCCCUCCUUCCAUCACCCCGCCCCAUUCUCUCGCUUUCCAUCACCCCGCCCCAUUCUCCCUCCUUCCAUCACCCCGCCCCAUUCUCGCGCUUUCCAUCACUCCGCCCCAUUCUCCCUCCUUCCAUCACCCCGCCCCAUUCUCCCUCCUUCGAUCACCCCGCCCCAUUCUCCCGCUUUCCAUCACCCCGCCCCAAUCUCCUGCUUCCAUAACCCCACUCCAUUCUCCCGCUUUCCAUCACCCCGCCACAUUCUCCCACUUUCCAUCACCCGCCCCAUUCUCCCGCUUCCAUCACCCCGCCCCAUUCUCCGCUUUCCAUCACCCCGCCCCAUUUCUCGGCUUUCCAUCACCCCGCCCCAUUCUCCCUUCUUCCAUCACCUCGCCCCAUUCUCCCUCCUUCCAUCACCCCGCCCCAUUCUCCUGCUUUCCAUCACCCCGCCUUAUUCUUCCGCAUUCCAUCACCCAGCCCCAUUCUCCCGCUUUCCAUCACCCCGCCCCCUUCCCCCUCCUUCCAUCACCCCGCCCCAUUCUCCCGCUUCCAUCACCCCCGCCCCAUUCUCCCGCUUUCCAUCACCCCGCCCCAUUCUCCCUCCUUCCAUCACCCCGCCCCAUUCUCCCGCUUUCCAUCACCCCGCCCCAUUCUCCCGCUUUCCAUCACCCCGCCCAUUCUCCCGCUUUCCAUCACCCUGCCCCAUUCUCCCGCUUUCCAACACCCCUGCCCCAUUCUCCGCUUUCCAUCACCCCGCCCAUUCUCCCGCUUUCCAUCACCCGCCCCAUUCUGCCGCUCUCGAUCACCCCGCCCCAUUCUCCCGCUCUCCAUCACCUUGCCCCAUUCUCCUGCUUUCCCAUUCUCCCGCUUUCCAUCACCCGCCCCCUUUCUCCCGCUUUCCAUCAUCCCGCCCCAUUCUCCCGCUUUCCAUCACCCCGCCCCAUUCUCCCGCUUUCCAUCACCCCGCCCCAUUCUCCCGCAUUCCAUCACCCCGCCCCAUUCUUUCGCUUUCCAUCACCCCUCACCAUUCUCCCACUUUCCAUCACCCUGCCCCCAUUCUACCGCUUUCCAUCACCCGCCCCAUUCUCCCGCUUUCCAUCACCCCGCCCCAUUCUCCCGCUUUCCAUCACCCCGCCCCAUUCUCCCGCCUUCCAUCACCCCGCCCCAUUCUCCCGCUUUCCAUCACCCCGCCCCAUUCUCCCGCUUUCCAUCACUCCGCCCCAUUCUCCCGCUUUCCAUCACCCCGACCCAUUCUCCCACUUUCCAUCACCCCGCCCCAUUCUCCCUCCUUCCAUCACCCCGCCCUCAUUCUCCCUCCUUCCAUCACCCCCGCCCCAUUCUCCCGCUUUCCAUCACCCCGCCCCAUUCUCCCGCUUUCCAUCACCCAGCCCCAUUCUCCCGCUUUCCAUCACCCUGCCCCAAUCUCCCGCUUUCCAUCACCCCGCCCCAUUCUCCCGCUUUCCAUCACCCUGCCCCAUUCUCCCGCUUUCCAUCACCUCGCCCCAUUCUCCCGCUUUCCAUCACCCCGCCCCAUUCUCCCGCUUUCCAUCACUCCGACCCAUUCUCCCACUUUCCAUCACCCCGCCCCAUUCUCCCUCCUUCCAUCACCUCCCCUCAUUCUCCCUCCUUCCAUCACCCCGCCCCAUUCUCCCGCUUUCCAUCACCCCGCCCCAUUCUCCCGCUUUCCAUCACCCAGCCCCAUUCUCCCGCUUUCCAUCACCCCGCCCCAUUCUCCCGCUUUCCAUCACCCUGCCCCAAUCUCCCGCUUUCCAUCACCCCGCCCCAUUCUCCCGCUUUCCAUCACCCUGCCCCAUUCUCCCGCUUUCCAUCACCCCACUCCAUUCUCCCGCUUUCCAUCACCCAGCCCCAUUCUCCCGCUUUCCAUCACCCCGCCCCAUUCUCCCGCUUUCCAUCACCCCACCCCAUUCUCCCUCCUUCCAUCACCCCGUCCCAUUCUCCCUCCUUCCAUCACCCCGCCCCAUUCUCCCGCUUUCCAUCACCCCGCCCCAUUCUCCCUCCUUCCAUCACCCCGCCCCAUUCUCCCUCCUUCCAUCACCCCGCCCCAUUCUCCCGCUUUCCAUCACCUCGCCCCAUUCUCCCGCUUUCCAUCACCCCGCCACAUUCUCCCGCUUUCUAUCACCCCGCCCCAUUCUCCCUCCUUCCAUCACCCCGCCCCAUUCUCCCGCUUUCCAUCACCCCGCCCCAUUCUCCCGAUUUCCAUCACCCCGCCCCAUUCUCCCGCUUUCCAUCACCCCGCCCCAUUCUCCCGCUUUCCAUCAUCCCGCCCCAUUCUCCCUCCUUCCAUCACCCCGCCCCAUUCUUCCGCUUCCCAUCAUCCCGCCCCAUUCCCCCGCUUUCCAUCACCCCUCCCCAUUCUCCCUGCUUCCAUCACCUCGCCCCAUUCUCUCGCUUUCCAUCACCCCGCCCCAUUCUCCCGCUUUCCAUCACCCCGUCCCAUUCUCCCGCUUUCCAUCACUCCGCCCCAUUAUCCCUCCUUCCAUCACCCCGCCCCAUUCUCCCUCCUUCCAUCACCCCGCCCCAUUCUCCCGCUUUCCAUCACCCCGCCUCCUUCUCCCGCUUCCCAUAACCCCACCCCAUUCUCCCGCUUUCCAUCACCCCGCCACAAUCUCCCACUUUCCAUCACCCCGCCCCCUUCUCUCUCCUUCCAUCACCCCGCCCCAUUCUCCCUCCUUCCAUCACCCUGCCCCAUUCUCCCGCUUUCCAUCAGCCCGCGCCAUUCUCCCGCUUUCCAUCACCCCUCCCCUUUCUCCCGCUUUCCAUCACCCCUCCCCAUUCUCCCUCCUUCCAUCACCCCGCCCCAUUCUCUCGCUUUCCAUCACCCCGCCCCGUUCUCCUGCUUUCCAUCAUCGCCCCAUUCUUCCUCCUUCCAUCACCCUGCUUUCCAUCACCCUGCCCCAUUCUUCCUCCUUCCAUCACCCUGCCCCAUUCUCCCGCUUUCCAUCACCCCGCCCCAUUCUCCCUCCUUCCAUCACCCCGCCCCAUUCUCCCUCAUUCCAUCACCCCGCCCCAUUCUCCCGCUUUCCAUCACCCCGCCCCACUCUCCCGCUUCCCAUAACCCCACCCCAUUCUCCCGCUUUCCAUCACCCCGCCACAUUUUCCCACUUUCCAUCACCCCGCCCCCUUCUCUCUCCUUCCAUCACCCCGCCCCAUUCUCCCUCCUUCCAUCACCCCGCCCCAUACUCCCGCUUUCCAUCAGCCCGCCCCAUUCUCCUGCUUUCCAUCACCCCACCCCAUUCUCCCGCUUUCCAUCACUCCGCCCCAUUCUCCCGCUUUCCAUCACCCCGACCCAUUCUCCCACUUUCCAUCACCCCGCCCCAUUCUCCCUCCUUCCAUCACCCCGCCUCAUUCUCCCUCCUUCAAUCACCCCGCCCCAUUCUCCCGCUUUCCAUCACCCCGCCCCAUUCUCCCGCUUUCCAUCACUUAGCCCCAUUCUCCCGCUUUCCAUCAUCCCCCCCCAUUUUUCCGCUUUCCAUCACCCCGCCCCAUUCUCCCGCUUUCCAUCACUGUGCCCCAAUCUCCCGCUUUCCAUCACCCCGCCCCCUUCUCCCUCCUUCCAUCACCCCGCCCCAUUCCCCCGCUUUCCAUCACCCUGCCCCAAUCUCCCCCUUUCCAUCACCCCACCCCGUUUUCCCUCCUUCCAUCACCCCGCCCCAUUCUCCCGCUUUCCAUCACCCCGCCCCAUUCUCCCGCUUUCCAUCACCCAGCCCUAUUCUCCCGCUUUCCAUCACCCCGCCCCAUUCUCCCGCUUUCCAUCACCCCGCCCCAUUCUCCCGCUUUCCAUCACCCCGCCCCAUUCUCCCUCCUUCCAUCACCCCGCCCCAUUCUCCCGCUUUCCAUCACCCCGCCCCAUUCUCCCUCCUUCCAUCACCCCGCCCCAUUCUCCCCGAUUUCCCGAUUCCAUCACCCCGCCCCAUUCUCCCGCUUUCCAUCACCCCGCCCCAUUCUCCCGCUUUCCAUCAUCCUGCCCCAUUCUCCCUCCUUCCAUCACCCCGCCCCAUUCUCCUGCUUUCCAUCACUGCGCCCCAUUCUCCCUCCUUCCAUCACCCCGCCCCAUUCUCCCUCCUUCCAUCACCCCGCCCCAUUCUCCCCCUUUCCAUCACCCCACCCCAUUCUCCCGCUUCCCAUAACCCCACCCCAUUCUCCCGCUUUCCAUCACCCCGCCACAUUUUCCCACUUUCCAUCACCCCGCCGCCUUCUCUCUCCUUCCAUCAACCCGCCCCAUUCUCCCUCCUUCCAUCACCCCGCCCCAUUCUUCUGCUUUCCAUCAGCCCGCCCCAUUCUCCCGCUUUCCAUCACCCCUCCCCUUUCUCCCGCUUUCCAUCUCCCCGCCCCAUUCUCCCGCUUUCUGUCACCCUGCCCCAUUCUUCCGCUUCCCAUCAUCCCGCCCCAUUCCCCCGCUUUCCAUCACCCCUCCCCACUCUCCCUCCUUCCAUCACCCCGCCCCAUUCUCCCGCUUUCCAUCACCCCGCCCCAUUCUUCCUCCUUCCAUCACCCCGCCCCAUUCUCCCGCUUUCCAUCACCCCGCCCCAUUCUCCCUCCUUCCAUCACCCCGCCCCAUUCUCCCUCAUUCCAUCACCCCGCCCCAUUCUCCCGCUUUCCAUCACCCCGCCCCAUUCUCCCGCUUCCCAUAACCCCACCCCAUUCUCCCGCUUUCCAUCACCCCGCCACAUUUUCCCACUUUCCAUCACCCGGCCCCCUUCAUUCUCCUUCCAUCACCCCACCCCAUUCUCCCUCCUUCCAUCACCCCGCCCCAUUCUCCCGCUUUUCAUCAGCCCGCCCCAUUCUCCCGCUCCCCAUUCUCCCGCUUUCCAUCACCCCGUCCCAUUUUUCCGCUUUCCAUCACCCCGCCCCAUUCUCCCGCUUUCCAUCACCCUGCCCCAAUCUCCCGCUUUCCAUCACCCCGCCCCAUUCUCCCUCCUUCCAUCACCCCGCCCCAUUCUCCCGCUUUCCAUCACCCAGCCCCAUUCUCCCGCUUUCCAUCACCCCGCCCCAUUCUCCCGCUUUCCAUCACCCCGCCCCAUUCUCCCGCUUUCCAUCACCCCGCCCCAUUCUCCCUCCUUCCAUCACCCCGCCCCAUUCUCCCGCUUUCCAUCACCCCGCCCCAUUCUCCCUCCUUCCAUCACCCCACCACAUUUUCCCGCUUUCUAUCACCCCGCCCCAUCCUCCCUCCUUCCAUCACCCCGCCCCAUUCUCCCGCUUUCCAUCACCCCGCCCCAUUCUCCCGAUUUCCGUCACCCCGCCCCAUUCUCCCGCUUUCCAUCACCCCGCCCCAUUCUCCCGCUUUCCAUCACCCCGCCCCAUUCUCCCGCUUUCCAUCACUCCGCCCCAUUCUCCCUCCUUCCAUCACCCCGCCCCAUUCUCCCUCCUUCCAUCACCCCGCCCCAUUCUCCCGCUUUCCAUCACCCCGCCCCAUUCUCCCGCUUUCCAACACCCCAGCCCAUUCUCUCGCUUUCCAUCACCCCGCCCCCUUCUUCCUCCUUCCAUCACCCCGCCCCAUUCUCCCUCCUUCCAUCACCCCGCCCCAUUCUCCCGCUUUCCAUCACCCCGCCCCAUUCUCCCGCUUUCCAUCACCUAGCCCCAUUCUCCCGCUUUCCAUCACCCCGCCCCAUUCUCCAGCUUUCCAUCACCCCGCCCCAUUCUCCCGCUUUCCAUCACCCCGCCCCAUUCUCCCUCCUUCCAUCACCCCGCCCCAUUCUCCCGCUUUCUAUCACCCCCCCCCAUUCUCCCUCCUUCCAUCACCCCGCCCCAUUCUCCCUCAUUCCAUCACCCCGCUCCAUUCUCCCGCUUUCCAUCACCCCGCCCCAUUCUCCCGCUUCCCAUAACCCCACCCCAUUCUCCCGCUUUCCAUCACCCCGCCACAUUUUCCCACUUUCCAUCACCCCACCCCCUUCUCUCUCCUUCCAUCACCCCGCCCCAUUCUCCCUCCUUUCAUCACCCCGCCCCAUUCUCCCGCUUUCCAUCAGCCCGCCCUAUUCUCCGGCUUUCCAUCACCCUGCCCCGUUCUCCCGCUUUCCAUCACCCCGCCCCAUUCUUCCGCUUCCCAUCAUCCCGCCCCAUUCCCCCGCUUUCCAUCACCCCUCCCCAUUCUCCCUCCUUCCAUCACCCCGCCCCAUUCUCCCACUUUCCAUCACCCCCCUCCCCAUUCUCCCGCUUUCCAUCACCCCGCCCCAUUCUCUCGCUUUUCAUCACCCCACCCCACUUCUCCCGCUUUCCAUCACCCCGCCCCCUUCUCCCUUCUUCCAUCACCCCGCCCCAUUCUCCCUCUUUCCAUCACCUCGCCCCAUUCUCCCACUUUCUAUCAGCCCGCCCCAUUCUCCCGCUUUCCAUCACCCCGCCCCUUUCUCCCGCUUUGCAUCUCCCCGCCCCAUUCUCCCGCUUUCCAUCACCCCGCCCCAUUCUCCCGCUUUCCAUCACCCCGCCCCAUUCUCCCACUUUCCAUCACCCCGCCCCAUUCUCCCUCCUUCCAUCACCCCGCCUCAUUCUACCUCCUUCCAUCACCCCGCCCCAUGCUCCUGCUUUCCAUCACCCCGCCUCAUUCUCCCGCUUUUCAUCACCCCGCCCCAUUCUCCCGCUUUCCAUCACCCCGCCCCAUUCUCCCGCUUUCCAUCACCCCGCCCCAUUCUCCCUCCUUCCAUCACCCCGCCCCAUUCUCCCGCUUUCCAUCACCCCGCCCCAUGCUCCCGCUUUCCAUCACCCCGCCCCAUUCUCCCAUCACCCCGCCCCUUUCACCCGCUUUCCAUCACCCGCCCCAUUCUCCCGCUUUCCAUCACCCCGCCCCAUUCUCCCGCUUUCCAUCACCCCGCCCCAUUCUCCCGCUUUCCAUCACCCCGCCCCAUUCUCCCGCUUUCCAUCACCCAGCCCCAUUCUCCCACUUUCCAUCACCCCGCCCCAUUUUCCCGCUUUCUAUCACCCUGCCCCAUUCUCACGCUUUCCAUCACCCUGCCCCAAUCUCCCGCUUUCCAUCACCCCGCCCCAUUCUCCCUCCUUCCAUCACCCCGCCCCAUUCUCCCGCUUUCCAUCACCCCGCCCCAUUCUCCCGCUUUCCAUAACCCCGCCCCAUUCUCCCUCCUUCCAUCACACGCCCCGUUCUCCCUCCUUCCAUCACCCCGCCCCUUUCUUCCUCCUUCCAUCACCCCGCCCUAUUCUCCCGCUUUCCAUCAGCCCACCCCAUUCUCCCGCUUUCCAUCACCCCGCCCCAUUCUCCCGCUUUCCAUCACCCCGCCCCAUUCUCCCGCUUUCCAUCACCCCGCCCCAUUCUCCCGCUUUCCAUCAACCUGCCCCAUUCUCCCGCUUUCCAUCACCCCGCCCCAUUCUCCCGCUUUCCAUCACCCCGCCCCAUUCUCCCGCUUUCCAUCUCCCCGCCCCAUUCUCCCUCAUUCCAUCACCUCGCCUCAUUCUACCACCUUCUAUCACCCCGCCCCAUGCUCCCGCUUUCCAUCACCCCGCCCCAUUCUCCCGCUUUCCAUCACCCCGCCCCAUUCUCCCUCCUUCCAUCACCCUCGCCCCAUUCUGCCGCUUUCCUUCACUCCGCCCCAUUCUCCCGCUUUCCAUCACCGCGCCCCAUUCUCCCGCUUUCCAUCACCCCGCCCCAUUCUCCCGCUUUCCAUCACCCCGCCCCAUUCUCCCUCCUUCCAUCACCCCGCCCCAUUCUCCCGCUUUCCAUCACCCCGCCCCAUUCUCCCUCCUUCCAUCACCCUCCCCCAUUCUCCCGCUUUCCAUCACCCCGCGCUAUUCUCCCUCCUUCCAUCACCCCGCCCCAUUCUCCCGCUUUCCAUCACCCCGCCCCAUUCUCCCGCUUCCUAUAACCCCACCUCAUUCUCCCGCUUUCCAUCACCCCGCCACAUUCUCCCGCUUUCCAUCACCCCGCCCCAUUCUCCUUCCUUCCAUCACCCCGCCCCAUUCUCCCGCUUUCCAUCACCCCGCCCCAUUCUCCCGCUUUCCAUCACGCCGCCCCCUUCUCCCUUCUUCCAUCACCCCGCCCCAUUCUCCCUCCUUCCAUCACCCCGCCCCAUUCUCUCGCUUUCCAUCAGCCCGCCCCUUUCUCCGCUUUCCCUCUCCCCCUGCCCCAUUCUCCCGCUUUCCCAUCAAACCCGCCCCAUCUCCCACUUUCCAUCACCCAGGCCCCCAUCUCCCAGCUUCCCAUACAUCCCGGCCCCAUUCCCCCGAUUAUCCAUCACCCCUCCCCAUUCUUCCCUACCUUCUAUCCCCACGCCCCAUUCUCCCCGCUUUCCAACACCCCGGCCCCAUUCUCCCGCUUUCCUCACCCCGGCCUCCAUUCUCCCGCUUUCCCCUAUCACUCCGCCCCAUAUCUCUCCCGCUUUCCAUCACCCCGCCCCCAUUCUCCUUGCUUUUCAUCACCCCGCCCCAUCUCCUUCCUUCCAUCACUCCCGCCUCAAUUAUCCUCCUUCCAUCACCCCGCCCACGCCCAUCUCUCCCGCUUUCCAAUCCACCCCGCCCCAUUCCUCCCGCUUUCCAUCACCCAGCCCCAUUCUCCCACCCCACCCCAUUCUCCCGCUUUCCAUCACCCCGCCCCAUUCUCCCGCUUUCCAUCACCCCGCCUUAUUUUCCCCCUUGCUAUCACCCCGCCCCAUUCUCACGCUUUCCAUCACCCCGCCCCAUUCUCCCGCUUUCCAUAACCCCGCCCCAUUCUCCCUCCUUCCAUCACCCGCCCCAUUCUCCCUCCUUCCAUCACCCCGCCCCAUUCUCCCGCUUUCCAUCUCCCCGCCCCAUUCUCCCUCAUUCCAUCACCUCGCCUCAUUCUACCACCUUCCAUCACCCCGCCCCAUGCUCCCGCUUUCCAUCACCCCGCCCCAUUCUCCCGCUUUCCAUCACCCCGCCCCAUUCUCCCUCCUUCCAUCACCCCGCCCCAUUCUGCCGCUUUCCAUCACUCCGCCCCAUUCUCCCACUUUCCAUCACCGCGCCCCAUUCUCCCGCUUUCCAUCUCCCCGCCCCAUUCUCCCGCUUUCCAUCACCCCGCCCCAUUCUCCCUCCUUCCAUCACCCCGCCCCAUUCUCCCGCUUUCCAUCACCCCGCCCCAUUCUCCCUCCUUCCAUCACCCCGCCCCAUUCUCCCGCUUUCCAUCACCCCGCGCUAUUCUCCCUCCUUCCAUCACCCCGCCCCAUUCUCCCGCUUUCCAUCACCCCGCCCCAUUCUCCCGCUUCCUAUAACCCCACCUCAUUCUCCCGCUUUCCAUCACCCCGCCACAUUCUCCCGCUUUCCAUCAACCCGCCCCAUUCUCCUUCCUUCCAUCACCCCGCCCCAUUCUCCCGCUUUCCAUCACCCCGACCCAUUCUCCCGCUUUCCAUCACGCCGCCCCCUUCUCCCUCCUUCCAUCACCCAGCCCCAUUCUCCCUCCUUCCAUCACCCCGCCCCAUUCUCUAG